CUAAUAUAGUUUUCUUUUCUUCUCUUUUUCUCUUUUUUCUCCCCCCUUCCUGGGCUUCCUCCCCUGCUGCUAUUAUUCUCUCUUCCUGUGUUUUUCUCUUUCUCCGUGAUGUUUGUUCCUUCUCAUGGCUGGGUCUGUUUUCUGGGGAAGUUUUUUCCCGGAAAGUACGCGAAAAUGUGGAGCUUCUUUUGAGACACAAAGAAAUAAUGUUGGAACUGAUUUUCAAUGGAAAACAUGGAGCUGAUAUGCUAUUAUCUUCUCUGUUAUCCUGGGUUUUUUAAUUUUGUUUUUACAUACAGCUCUCUGUGUAUUUUCAUUUUCCGGGGUAAUCUUUCUAGGAGUCUACUUUGACAUCAACUUUUCCCAUUUGGGUCUUCGAAGUUUGAUCAAUUUGUUAUUUGCGUAUAGUGUUGCCAUAUUUCAAUGGCACAAGCUGAGGAUAUUGGAAGCAGAGGACCCAAACAAACUCCCAUGCAAAGGUGCAAGAUUCCGAGAGAUCUGUUGCAGAGAUUUACAUCUGGCAUCCAUUCUUCGCGAAAAUUGGAAGAGCCAAGCGAGGAUGCAGAGGAAAUUGAGCUAAGCCUCGGGCUCUCACUAAAUGGUAGGUUCGGGGUAGACCCUUUAAGAGCUAACCAGCUAAUGAGGUCAUCGUCGAUACCGGACUUUUUGAACACGGGGAGAGAGAAAGACGCGGCGUGUGUUGUAACUAUGGCUUGCGCCCCGCUCAUCAGGACGUGUUCUUUGCCUACGGAGACAGAGGAAGAAUGGAGGAAGAGGAAAGAGUUGCAGACACUGAGAAGAAUGGAGGCGAAACGGAAGCGGUCAGAGAAGCAGAGAACUUCGAAGGCGACGAAGGAUCGGAGCCGGGAUUUGUGUGUGGAGGAGAGCGCUGAGGAGGAUAAGAGGACGGAGAGUAGUUAUGGGAAUUAUCAGAAAGAGCAGAAUAUGAAGGCAUUCAACGAGUUUUCGUGCUCGGUGGCGCUCCCUCUGGGGGUUUCUGUUGGUAGAGGAGGUUGUGGGGUUGUAUUGAAUGUUGGAAGGGGGGAUGGGUUGGAUUCUGGUGGUUCGUCGGAGGAGCCGCAACCACCAUCAUUAACACAGGGGUCAAUCGGUUCCCAAGGGACUGGGUCUUCUGGGAUUUCAGAAUCUGAAAGCCGACCGGCUAUAGGUUAUGCAGCUGGAAUGAAUAAAUGCAUAGAAGCGAGAUCUCCGAACAGUUUGGAGUCUUCACCGGAAAGUGGGGAGAAACCAGCUGUCUUCACUGGAAGGACAUUCACCGAAAAGUCAACCCAAUUUUCUGCAGUUGUGACAGAAAAUGAAUCUAAUAAAGCUAAUGACGCAGACAAGGGAGCUAAGGAGAUUGUGAGGAAUGUGUUGGAAGGUAUGCCCAGUGUGUCCACCAAAGGUGAUGGCCCAAAUGGAAAAAGGAUAGAAGGUUUUCUAUACAGAUAUAGGAAAGGUGAGGAAGUGAGGAUAGUGUGUGUUUGUCAUGGCAGCUUUCUAUCUCCUGCCGAGUUUGUCAAGCAUGCGGGUGGUGGUGACGUGGCACAACCCCUAAAGCAUAUAGUAGUUAACCCUACUUCCUCUUUUUGAUGCAUUGGUCCAAGACGGGAGAAAUUCAAAAUUAAAUUCUCCUCCAUGAUUUUAAUGUUUAAUUUUCUCGUCUUUAAGAGACUCGGCACAUGUAUUGUAUUCAGUACCAGAAGCAGACUGUUCAAAACUUAAAAAAUGGAUUUUAAUAUUUUGUUUUGAUGGGAA